GUGGUGGUGGCGGCGGUGGUAGUCGUAGUAGAAGUUGACAUUGCUACUUUACUACAGUGUAGUAUAUACUACCACUAUACCACUUCCACUUUAUAUCAAUUUAACCUGUUCCGUAUGAAUAGCACGAACGCAGUUAGUAGUAGAGCACAACGCCCCAUACUUAAUAAAAUUUGGUAAUCUACCCAUCCAAUAAAAUUUAGUACUCACGAGACCGUACCCCGACGGUUCGUCUGUCCGUCCGUUUGAACCACAGGCAUACCAAUGUAUAAUAUAAAAGUUGUCGUUACGUCUUUAACUCCUCCAAAUCCAUGAUAUCAUGGGAUAAUCAUCCAUGCAACACCGUUCGUAGCUGUGCAUUCUACAUCGCAUUUGUUGCUUUUUCUCUCAUACUUUUAAAGCCAUAGCUUAUACUGCCUAAUAGCAAGUCACGUUUAACUGGCCCAAGGCAACUAACUUCUAUUGCAUGAUACAGAUUUCUACUAUGACUGAUUCUGGUUACGAUGUAUCAACAAGAAAGCAGCAGACCGGAGAGGUAUGUCAAAAGCGUUUGUAAAGGUAGUCUGGAAGUCUAAAUAAUUUUAACAAUGUUAGUCUUCUCAUAUUUACAUUCACUUCUAUUUUUUAAUUUUGUUUUUCUUUUUAUUGUAUUUUGUUUUUCUUUUCAUUCGAUGGUAAAAAUAGAAAAAAUGAUAUAAGCGCCAUAAUUAGUGGUGGUGGUGGUGGUGGUGGCGGCGGUGGUAGUGGUAGUAGAAGUUGACAUUGCUACCUUACUACAAUGUAGUAAAUACUACCACUAUACCACUACCACUACCACUUUAUUGCAAUUUAACAUGUGCCGUAUAAAUAGGAGAAAACGCGAACGUAGUUGGUAGUAGAGCACAACGCCCCAUACUUAAAAAAAAAUUGGUAAUCUAUCCAUCCAAUAAAUUUUGGUACUCACGUGACCGUACCCCGACGGUUCCUCCGUUCGCACCCCAGGCAUACCAAUGACUAAUAUAAAAGUUGUCGUUACGUCUUUAACUCCUCCAAAUCAAUGAUAUCAUGGGAUAAUCAUCCACGCAACACCUUUUGUAGCUGUGCAGUGUACAUGGCAUUUUUUCCUUUUUUUCUCAUACUUUCAACGCCAUAGCUUGUACUUCGUAAUAGGAAGUCACGUUUAACUGGCCCAACGCAACUAUUUUCUCUUGGAUAAUACAGAUCACUAGUAUGACUGGUUCUCGUUCCGAUGCAGCAACAGCAAAGAAGCAGACCGGAGAGGUAUGUGAAAAGCGUUUGGAAAGGUAGUCUGGAAGUCUAAAUAAUUUUUACAAUGUUAGACCUCACAUAUUUACAUUUACUUUUUUUUUUAAAUUUGUUUUUCUUUUUAUCGUAUUUUAUUUUCUUUUUAAAGGCUGGUAAAAAUAGAAAAAACGAUAUAAGCGCUAUAAGUAGUGGUAGUGGUGGUAACGGCGGUGGUAGUCAUAGUAAAAGUUGACAUUGCUACUUUACUACAGUGUAGUAUAUACUAUCACUAUACCACUACCACUUUAUAUCAAUUUAACCUGUUCCGUAUGAAUAGCACGAACGCAGUUAGUAGUAGAGCACAACGCCCCAUACUUAAAAAAAAUUGGGUACUCUAUCUAUCCGAUAAAUUUUGGUACUCACGUGACCGUUACCCCGACGGUUCGUCCGUCCGAACCACAGGUAUACCAAUGUAUAAUAUAAAAGUUGUCGUUACGUCUGUAACUCCUCCAAAUCCAUGAUAUCAUGGGAUAAUCAUCCAUGCAACACCGUUCGUAGCUGUGCAGUCUACAUGGCAUUUUUUCCUUUUUUUCUCAUACUUUCAACGUCAUAGCUUGUACUUCGUAAUAGCAAGUCACGUUUAACUGGCCCAACGCAACUAUUUUCUCUUGGAUAAUACAGAUCACUAGUAUGACUGGUUCUUGUUCCGAUGCAGCAACAAAAAAGCAGCAGACCGGAGAGGUAUGUCAAAAGCGUUUGGAAAGGUAGUCUGGAAGUCUAAAUAAUUUUUACAAUGUUAUUCCUCUCAUAUUUACAUUUCCUUUUUUUUUCAAUUUUGUUUUUCUUUUUAUUGUAUUUUUUUUUUUUUUUAUGCGCUGGUAAAAAUAGAAAAAAUGAUAUAAGCUCUAUAAUUAGUGGUGGUGGUGGUGGUGGUGGCGGCGGUGCUAGUGGUAGUAGAAGUUGACAUUGCUACCUUACUACAAUGUAGUAAAUACUACCACUAUACCACUACCAUUACCACUUUAUUGCACUUUAACAUGUUCCGUAUAAAUAGGAGAAAACGCGAACGCAGUUAGUAGUAGAGCACAACGCCCCAUUCUGAAAAAAAAAUUAGUAAUCUAUCCAUGCGAUCAAAUUUUUUUACUCACGUGACCGUACCCGGACGGUUCGUCCGUCCGCACUCCAAGCAUACCAAUGUCUAAUAUAAAAGUUGUCGUUACGUCUUUAACUCCUUCAAAUCCAUGAUAUCAUGGAAUAGUCAUCCAUGCAACACCGUUCGAAGCUGUGCAGUCUACAUGGCAUUUGUUGCUUUUUUUCUCAUACUUUUAAAGCCAUAGCUUAUACUGCGUAAUAGCAAGUCACGUUUAACUGGCCCAAUGCAACUAUUUAUAUUGCAUGAUACAGAUCUCUAGUAUGGUUGAUUCUGGUUACGAUGCAUCAACAACAAAGGAGCAGACCGGAGAGGUAUGUCAAAAGCGUUUGGAAAGGUAGUCUGGAAGUCUAAAUAAUUUUUACAAUGUUAGCCCUCUCAUAUUUACAUUUACUUUUAUUAUUUAAUUUUGUUUUUCUUUUUAUUGUAUUUGUUUUUUUUUUUUAUGCGCUGGUAAAAAUAGAAAAAAUGAUAUAAGCUCUAUAAUUAGUGGUGGUGGUGGUGGUGGUGGCGGCGGUGGUAGUGGUAGUAGAAGUUGACAUUGCUACUUUACUACCAUGUAGUAUAGACUACCAGACUACCACCACCACUACAACUUUAUUGCACUUUAACAUGUUCCGUACAAAUAGGAGAAAACGCGAACGCAGUUGGUAGAAGAGCACAACGCCUUAUACUUAAAAAAAAUUUGGUAAUGUAUCCAUCCAAUAACUUUUGUUACUCACGUGACCGUACCCCGACGGUUCAUCCUUCCGCACCCCAGGCAUACCAAUGACUAAUAUAAAAGUUGUCGUUACGUCUUUAACUCCUUCAAAUCCAUGAUAUCAUGGAAUAGUCAUCCAUGCAACACCGUUCGUAGCUGUGCAGUCUACAUGGCAUUUGUUGCUUUUUUUCUCAUACUUUUAAAGCCAUAACUUAUACUGCGUAAUAGCAAGUCACGUUUAACUGGCCCAAUGCAACUAUUAAUAUUGCAUGAUACAGAUCUCUAGUAUGGUUGAUUCUGGUUACGAUGCAUCAACAACAAAGGAGCAGACCGGAAAGGUAUGUCAAAAGCGUUUGGAGAGGUAGUCUGGAAGUCUAAAUAAUUUUUACAAUGUUAGUCCUUUCAUAUUUACAUUUACUUUUAUUUUUUAAUUUUGUUUUUCUUUUUAUUGUAUUUUUUUUCCUUUUUAUGCGCUGGUAAAAAUAGAAAAAAUGAUAUAAGCGCUAUAAGUAGUGGUGGUGGUGGUGGCGGCGGUGGUAGUCGUAGUAGAAGUUGACAUUGCUACUUUACUACCAUGUAGUAUAGACUACCACUCUACCACCACCACUACAACUUUAUUGCAAUUUAGCAUGUUCCGUAUAAAUACGAGAAAACGCGAACGCAGUUAGUAGUAGAGCACAACGCCCCAUACUGAAAAAAAAAAUUAGUAAUCUAUCCAUCCGAUCAAAUAUUUUUACUCACGUGACCGUACCCGGACGGUUCGUCCGUUCGCACUCCAAGCAUACCAUUGUCUAAUAUAAAAGUUGUCGUUACAUCUUUAACUCCUUCAAAUCCAUGAUAUCAUGGAAUAGUCAUCCAUGCAACACCGUUCGUAGCUGUGCAGUCUACAUGGCAUUUGUUGCUUUUUUUCUCACACUUUUAAAGCAAUAGCUUAUACUGCAUAAUAGCAAGUCACGUUUAACUGGCCCAAUGCAACUAUUUAUAUUGCAUGAUACAGAUCUCUAGUAUGAUUGAUUCUGGUUACGAUGCAUCAACAACAAAGGAGCAGACCGGAGAGGUAUGUCAAAAGCGUUUGGAGAGGUAGUCUGGAAGUCUAAAUAAUUUUUACAAUGUUAGUCCUCUCAUAUUUACAUUUACUUUUAUUUUUUAAUUUUGUUUUUCUUUUUAUUGUAUUUUUUUUUCCUUUUUAUGCGCUGCUAAAAAUAGAAAAAAUGAUAUAAGCGCUAUAAGUAGUGGUGGUGGUGGUGGCGGCGGUGGUAGUCGUAGUAGAAGUUGACAUUGCUACUUUACUACCAUGUAGUAUAGACUACCACUCUACCACCACCACUACAACUUUAUUGCAAUUUAGCAUGGUCCGUAUAAAUACGAGAAAACGCGAACGCAGUUAGUAGUAGAGCACAACGCCCCAUACUGAAAAAAAAAUUAGUAAUCUAUCCAUCCGAUCAAAUAUUUUUACUCACGUGACCGUACCCGGACGGUUCGUCCGUUCGCACUCCAAGCAUACCAUUGUCUAAUAUAAAAGUUGUCGUUACGUCUUUAACUCCUUCAAAUUCAUGAUAUCAUGGAAUAGUCAUCCAUGCAACACCGUUCGUAGCUGUGCAGUCUACAUGGCAUUUGUUGCUUUUUCUCUCAUACUUUUAAAGCAAUAGCUUAUACUGCAUAAUAGCAAGUCACGUUUAACUGGCCCAAUGCAACUAUUUAUAUUGCAUGAUACAGAUCUCUAGUAUGAUUGAUUCUGGUUACGAUGCAUCAACAACAAAGGAGCAGACCGGAGAGGUAUGUCAAAAGCGUUUGGAGAGGUAG